AUGGUUGGUUAUGUGUGUGAAUGUGUAGGUAAUAUCAGUAUUGUGGUGGGAAAUGGUCGGUGGGUACCGUUUUGGACAACGUCUUGGCAUAACAAUUCUCCCUUCAGCGCGUCGUUUCAGGAAUUGUAUUGCUUGUCCUCUAAGAAAGAUUGGAACAUCGAGGAUAUGGGGCAAUGGAAUGACAACGAGUGGAAUUGGGGGAAUUUCGGGUUGUCUUCAGAUUCAGAGGCAAUUUUUUGCAACCUUAUUUCUGACCUACUAUGUGUUCUGGAACAGGUGCAUGUUAAUAGAACUGAGUCAGAUGUUUUCCUUUGGAAACCGAAUACGGCAGAAGGAUACAUAGUUAGGGAGGGAUAUGGUUGUUUAUGUGAAGAGUUAAAUAAAGAGAACAAAAAAUAA